AUGGCUAACAGCUGCGCUGACGGUAGCUUUACUGAGAGCAACCCGGAUAUUGCAGGAAUUGGUGUUAGGUCGAGCUUUUAUGCUCAAGCGUUCCUGUUAGUGAUAUUGGUGGAUCGUUCAUGGCAAGAUGCGCCAAUAGCGCUGUGGACCUUUAUCGCCACUAGUUUCGGUCUUACUGUUGCCACAAUCGUCCAGUACACAUCUCGUCCUCAACUUACCCUCUUUCAAGCCCUGCAAGUCUCGAAUCUCGUUUGGCUAGCGAAUUUUGGGACUUUUGUGGCGCUCGCUAGCUAUAGUCGGCAGAAAGCGGAGAGUCGCAAGCAAUCUCAUCUUUUCAACUACAACGUCAAGUUUGGAGCAUGUGCCCAAACCUUGCUGUCGAUGGCGUUGACUCUAUUUAUGUGGGCCAAAGUCGAUACGUUCGGCGCAAUGCCUGAAUGCUCUCAUCUGGUCAACUACAUGGUGUUUGCGUUCAAGGCGCCAGCCCUUGGGUCGGGUCGGAUAAUUGGACUUACGGCGUCGUCCCUUCUUGCGGCGGCCUACAUUAGCGUCACAUUCCACGAACUGCGACUGUACCACAAGAAGAAACGGAAUUCAAACGAUGCAGAAACAGUCACGCCGCCUUCUCCGCUUCCGACCAACUCGCCACUUCCGCGAGCUCUCACUUUUGCGAGCUCAACAUCACGCCGAGUCUCCAAUGACGAUGUCCUGCCGCGGACCAGCAGACGCCGCCCGCGACGACGUCGAUGGUCGCAUGCGAGCCAGAUUGACCCGAUGCUGAUAGGCAUAUUGCUCUGUCAAAUGGCUGUCUUCAUUUACUUUGUGGUAUCCAGCGAGCUGUUGUUGAGCUACAACGCCGGGGCCUCGACAUCCGUCCGCCAAUGGGGCUUCGGUCAAAUCUUGGCGCUCAUUGUUGUUUUACCCUCUGCACUUUCCGUGGUCGGCGCCUUCAAGGCUCACGGGCUGGGUCGUUUAUCGAAGAGAAAGAAAAUUCGUGUGUCGCGGAGGAGUAAACAUGCAGAUCGUACAAGGAGUUCGAAGACAGUUUAG